CAGUCUGUUGGAAGUAUGUUAGGAGGAGAAGUUAUUGUAAUAACUGGACCAGCAUUUAAACCAGAUGACAAUAUACUAUGUGCAUUUGGUGAUACUGAAACUGUUGGAAUUUUUCUGAGUGAGGAUAAGUGUCUAUGUGUAACACCACAAGUGGCAAAUGAUGGAAUUGUACAAUUGAAUAUUAAGAUAACACGGGCUGGAUCAGCUACUCUGAAUGGAGGAACUAAAUUCAGAUUUGUGUUGCCUUUUGAUAUGGAAAAUAAUGCAUCACCAGCAGUUAGUGUAGUUGAUGAUGGAGACAGUUAUGCAGUAGGAACUAGUAACAAAGUGAAUGUGACAUGGAAUGAGUAUGCACUGAAAGGGGAAUUGUUAUCUGAGUACUUUGUCACACUUAACAUAUCAAUGAUGCUGUACAACACUGAUACAGAUAAAUGGGAGGAAUCGUAUACACUUGCAUCUGAUGUACCUGCUAGUGAUGAAAGGGCCGAAGUCAUGAUACCAGAGUAUCCACAGAUUGAUGAGACAACUCUUAGGCUGUCACAAAUAAGAGUAUCCCUAAGUACAAUUACUGCAUCAAAUCAUCGACAAAAAAGAAUUUUACCAGCAUUAGCCAUUGGUGGGUUAAUACGCAUAGCUGGUAGAGCCAUUCUUCGAUAUGCUUGGAAAAAAAUUAAGCAAAAGAUUAAAGAUGAGUUAAAAGAGGCAGCAAGAUCAGCAGCACUACGUUUAGCAUGUGAAUUAUGGCAUAAGCAGGAUAGAGGAGUUAAUAAUAGGCAACUGCCACCUUGUCCAUGUAAAAAGUCUCAGGCCAACAGAGAUGAUAGAUACACUAAGGAAAAUUUCAUACAGGACUUGUGGAGGGAAAAAGUAUUUAAGAGAGAUAAAGCUACAGGUGGCUGUUAUAGGCAAAGCAAUGUUGGUUCUUUUAGUUCCAGUCAGCAAUGCUGUUAUGGUGGUGAUGGGAAUAUUUUAACUGGUACUAGUGGAGGAUCAGCAUACAGUGUAUAUCCUAAUAACUGGAAAUCAUUUUUAGGUCAUUUGGUUAAUGAUGUUGCUCCUCAUUAUUUAUGUUGUGAUGGAAAAUAUUUUUCAGGUUGUCAGGAUCGGUACUAUGAUAGGAGACCUAAUGAUAAUUGUGAGGACUAUCCUGAAAGACCACCACCAGCUCGUACAUUUGGUGAUCCUCACUUAGUAUCACUAGACGGGACACAAUACACAUUCAAUGGUCAUGGGGAAUUUAUUCUAGUACAGUCAAUUGAUGGUUCUCUGAUGAUACAAGCAAGAAUGACAGAGCCAUUAUCAAUUAGUGACAGUAAUGAGACUCUCAUUGGUAGUGGGACA